CAUGUUUACCGAAUUUCAUACAUGUACGAUAAAGUAAAGUCAACGAAGAGGCUCUUUAAACAUUUCCGGGGGGGCGCUGUGGAGUCAUUUUAUUGCGACUUUGGCGAAACCUCCAAAAUACGUAAAUUUCACGCGCGACUGACGCCUCCAGCAAAUUUGGUAACUUUUUGAAAAUGUUAAAGCCGCCAAAAAGGUAAUUAAUUCGUUGUCCGAAAAAAUAACAACAUUGAACAUUCGAAUUACAGUAGCGCUUAGCUACUCGGGUCCAAUAACAAUACAUCCAUUUCCGGUUCCGCUGGCCCCGCCCCCUCUUCCCAAACACGUGGAUCUCUUCCGGGUUCUUCAUCCUUUGUUCUCUGUUCGUCAGCAGCCCAGAAGCGGGAGUGUUGAUAAAGCUGUAAGAGAGCUGCAGCAGCAGCAGUUGAUGAACUCUGGAAAGAAGUCCAGCAGCUUGAGGAACAUCUGGUCAAAGAAACUGGAGGGAAGCAGGAGCUCAAACAGCGGCAGGACGCAGCAGAGGAAGAGACACCAGAUGAUGGAUGAUGUUUUCCAGCCCAGAUUAGUGCUGCCAGCAGAUGUUAAAGAAGAGGCUCCUGAAGAACAGAGUCCUGAUGUGGAUCAGCAGGAGCCAGAGCCCCUCCAGAUAAAGGAGGAACAGGAGGAACUCUGGACCAGUCAGGAAGGAGAGCAGCUCACUGUGAAGGAGGAGACUGAUACCAGGUUUCCAUUAACUGCAGCUCCUAUCAAGAAUGUUAAAGAAGAGGCUUCUGAAGAACAGAGUCCUGAUAUGGACCAGCAGGAGCUGGAGCUCCUCCACAUAAAGGAGGAAAGUGAAAGAAUCUGGGCCAGCCAGGAUGGAGAACAACUGAAUGUGAAGGAGGAGACUGAUGAUACCAGGUCUCCAUUAACUGUUGUUCAUAUGAAGAGUGAAGAGGAUGAGGAUAAACCUCUGUUCUCUCAGCUUCAUCAAACAGAAGACAGAGAUCUUCCAAGCAGCAUCUCAGCUGACCAGGUAAAAGCAGAAAUUAAAGUAGAGGACUGUGGAGCAGCAGAAUCCAGCAGAAACCCAGAUCUAAAUAAUCAUGGAGGCUCUUCCAACUAUUCAGAGACUGAAGACAGUGAAGAUGAUGAAGAGGAUGAUGAUGUGAAGCAUCAUGAAUCUGAGCUUAAACACUUAUCAGACUCUGAAACUGAAGACAGUGAGGAGGAUUGGAAGGAGAGCAGGACUCCAGGAUCAGGCAGAAACACUGUCAACAAAUCUUUGAGCUGCUCUGUGUGUGGAGGAAAAUUUGCUAACAGACGCUCUCUUCAGAGUCACAUGACAUGUCAUCCAAGAUUAACGUCUUCAGAUUGUUCUGGUAGUGAGACGUGUUUCAGAGAGAAGAAAAUAAUGGAUUCACUGACAAAAGUCCAGACAAGUAGUAAAAAGUUUAACUGUGGUGAGUGUGGUAAAAGUUUUAACAGGAAACAUGAUUUAAAAAAACACACAACAGCCCACACAGGAGACAAACCCUUUGGUUGUGAUGCAUGUGGAAAAAGAUUUGCCUGCACGUCAAUUUUAAUCAGACACGUGAGAAUUCACACAGGCGACAAACCCUUUGGUUGUGAUAUAUGUGGAAAAACAUUUGCCUUAAAGUCAAAUUUAGACACACACAUGAGAACCCAUACAGGAGACAAACCCUUUAGUUGUGAUGUUUGUGGAAAAAGAUUUGCCUGCAAGUCACAUUUAAACACACACAUGAGAAUCCACACAGGAGAAAAACCCUUCAGUUGUGGUAAAUGUGGAAAAAGAUUUUCCCAGAAGGCAGGUUUAGACAAACACAUGAGAACCCACACAGGAGAUAAACCCUUUGGAUGUGAUGCGUGUGGAAAGAGAUUUUACCAAAUGUCAGAUUUAGACAAACACAUGAUAAUACACACAGAAGACAAUCCCUUUAGUUGUGAUGUUUGUAGAAAAAGAUUUGCCUGGAAGUCAGACUUAACCAGACACAUGAGAAUCCACACAGGUGACAAACCCUUCAGUUGUGGUAAAUGUGGAAAAAGAUUUUCCCAGAAGGCAAGUUUAGACAAACACAUGAGAAUCCACACAGGAGAUAAACCCUUUGGUUGUGAUGCAUGUGGAAAAAGAUUUGCCUGCACGUCAACUUUAAUCAGACACGUGAGAAUCCACACAGGAGACAAACCCUUUGGUUGUGAUGCAUGUGGAAAAACAUUUGCCAGGAAGUCAAAUUUAGACACACACAUGAGAAUCCACACAGGAGAGAGACCCUUUAGUUGUGAUGUUUGUGGAAAAAGAUUUGCCAGCAAGUCACCUUUAAACAUUCACAUGAGAAUGCAUACAGGAGACAGACCCUUUAGUUGUGAUGUUUGUGGAAAAAGAUUUACCUGCAAGUCACAUGUAAACAUUCACAUGAGAAUGCAUACAGGAGACAGACCCUUUAGUUGUGAUGUUUGUGGGAAAAGAUUUACCUGCACGUCACAUUUAAACAUUCACAUGAGAAUCCACACAGGUGAAAAAGCCUUUAGUUGUGAUGCAUGUGGAAAAAGAUUUGCUUGGAAGUCAGCUUUAAUCAGACACAUGAGAAUCCACACAGGCGAGAGAAGCCCUUUGGUUGAGAUGCUUUUGUUAUAAGAUUAUAAAAAAAAGUCAAAUUUAAACCCACACAUGAUAACUCACAGAGGAGCUAAGCCCUCAAGGUGUGAUGCUUAUGCAAGUAAUUUUUAAAUGUACACAGAACAGACAAUGAAGAGAAACCUUUUGAAUGUGAUGAAUGUGGUAAAAGCUUAACCUUUAAUGUCAGGUCUAAACCAGAACACUAGAAUUUACAGAAACAUAAGCUCAUUGCUGGUUAUGAUUGUGGACAAGAUUUAAACAUCAUUUAUGCCCCUAAUCAUAUCAGCGUGUGAAUGUGUGUAUGAAUGGGUGGAUGACUGAUUGUAGUGUAAAGCGCUUUGGGGUCCUCGGACUUGAUAAAGUGCUAUACGAGUGCAGGCCAUUUACCAAAUAGCAGCAACAAACAUCCAGCCUGAAGUUAUGGAUAACUUUGUCCGUUCAUAGCUUCUCUUAUCUACUCUGGUCUCCAUAGUCGGUAUUGUUUUUGGCCUGCUUAUAGAGGGGCGAGGGGCCAGUCCCCUCUGGUGUGGGCUUCUUCAUUUGGUCUGACCCAGCUUUCUCGGCUGUUGUUGCUGUUGUUGUAUGUGCAAAAUGUUUUGAUGGACACACAAAUGUCCUCACCAAAACUGGUUUAUGAUGUCAUUGUGUCAAUGAGUUUUUUUGAGGUCCGUGGCUGCAGCUUAAAAAACACUCCAAUCUGUGUUUUCAAAGCAGGCCUGUAACUUCUGAUUUGAUUACUCUGUCCACUUCCUUAUAGUUCUCACCACAGGCUGACGUGUUCAUAAUUUCUGUUGGUUUGUAUGAGCUGAAGCAGAUGGUGUUAACAGUCUUGAUGCUGCUCAGGUUGCAGCACAGGCAUCUUUUAAAACUGUGUAGCAGUGGUCCAGAGUGUUAACCUCUCUGGUUGGGGUCUCUGUGUUUAGGAAGUUCACACAUGAGAUUUGUUCUGUCAAAGUCCCAGAGAACUAUGAUAAGGAAGUCUUGAUUUAUGUUCAUCCACAUCUGUUAUUCGGUCAGCCAGCUAAGGUCGGCAGAUCUGUGGAAAUUACGGGUUUCUUAUGCUAAGGAAGAGCAUCUAGCUCAUUUAGUUUGCCAGGGAACGGAUAUUUGCGAGGUAGAUAUACGAGAGCAGAGCUUGCAGUCCUGUCAGAGCUUAACAAGCAUACCUGCACAUUUUCCCAGUCUGCUUCUCCCGUACUUCCCACAGAGAGCCGCUGCGCUUCCAACCAGGAUCUCAAAAAAUCUCUGGAUGGGUGGAAACUGGAAAAAAGACUGACUUAUUCGUAGGAGUUGCUGUCUGGUUGGAAGUACCUGUACUGCAACUGCAACGUACAGUACAAAUACAGGAAAAAAAAAAAGUACAGAGAUGGCCAUGUAUAGCGCCAUCUUAGAUCUAACUAAUUCCACAAUGCUCUGGGUUGGGUCCUUGUUGUGCUUCAAGCUUGUUGACCUUUUUUUUGCUAGAGAUCAUAUUUGAGCUUUUGAGUUGUUCUUGUAAACAACUGUCUUUGUCAUGGUGAUACAUUGCAUCAAAGUCCACAAGAAUAUUAUCAACCAGAAAACAAGGUAAAAAAUCCUAAAGAAAAAAAAAACUUGUCAUGUAAUAAGUUGAUAUCUUGUGUCAUACUAUUCUAGAAUUUCGUUGAAUCAUCAUAGAGAUCAGUUUCAUUGUAGAAAUCUAUGUUUGUUAUGGAUCCAAUUUAGAUUGUAUAUAUUAUUGUUUGAUAUAUUGUCUCCUCUGGCUGCUCAUCUCUUUCACAUUGUUGUGCCCCAGCUUGGGAUGAAACGUGGACUUAGACCCAUCUUUGCUUCUGCUCAUCAGAAUGGUCCACAUAAGAGGUUGUGUCUGGGCAAAGAAAAUUAGUUCAGGAUAAAACAACCUAAAUAUUGUUAAUUUUAUGGUGUUUAGUUUUUGACAGACUUUAUUUGAAUGAUAUGCUUUAAACACUGGUGGUUCAGUAAUGAGAUUUUGUUCCAUUUUAUCUGUGUUUUUCUUUAAUCUCCUUGAACUAACCUGCUAAAAAUUUGUUCGAAUUUUGCUUAAAAUCUGCUAAAGGCUGUCUCUGCUAGCAGCUAACAUGCUAAUACCUCUGCUAAUACUACACAGUAGACAGCUUUGUUUCCAACAGAGCUUGUUUCAUUCACUCCGUACUUGUUAGAUAACGUGCCGUCAGAGCUUGUAUACAACAAUAAAUACUAUUAAUACAAAUAUUAACCUAUGGGUUAAACUUAUACGACUGUUGGAUAAUGUAUUUUCUUUGUGUUAGGAUUCGGUGACCCAGAUGUGGUACCACCACAUUUUUCUGUUCAUCCAAUAGCCGUACGUCCCCUGGCAUCUUUAAAUAAAGGUUUGCGCCACCAUUUUAAGAGUUAAUAACUUAGUUCAAUCAUGUGCUGAGGAACACUUACAUAACAUUGAAAAUCAGUUGUUCAAAAAGGUUAUUGAUUUCUAAUUUGGGAAAUCGUUCUAAAAUAUAUUAUUAUAAUGAUGUUUAUUGCCUGGUUCACAUGGCAGGAUUUUCAAAUUGUCCCCAUAAAUGACGAUUAAAAAAAUGGAGGUAUAACGGGUUCGGUUUUCAUAGCAAGCACAAUACACGAACAGAUUUCACUAACAAACAUUCAGAUUUUAUACUGAAAAUUUCACAAACCCUCUUGAGAUCAAACCUGAGUUCAGAGUAAUUCCUUUCCGUGUUUCUCUCACCUCGCUUUCUGAUUGGCUACACGUUACAUUCAACAGGCUGAGUGCUCAUAUGUCCUCAGGGAAUACCCCACAGAGUAGGAAGUCUGGGAAAGACGAUCCAACAUGUUGAAUGUCUCUGAUUUUAUUCGGAGCAGUCCUGACGUCCUUCCAAGCAGACUAGAUCACUCUUAACCCACCACACACGGCAGGAUUAUCUCAUAAGAUUAUCUUGAUAGAUAGCACCAUGAUUGGGAAUGUCGGAAGAUCGGGAUGAAAAUCGGCAUAAAAUCCUGCCGUGUGAACCAGGCACUACUUACCUUCUGAUUUGUGUUGUGACUGGUUGUUUAAACAUAUACCAAUUGUUGUCCUUAAUUACUUUUAAAACUAAUUUGACCUCAUUUCCAGAUUCCUCAAAAUAAAUCUUGGUUCUUAAGCUUACAUAUCAUCACUGAACUGUGACAUCAUUGCAUCAAUUGUAUUGGUCCCCUUUUAUCUUUUUUAUUUCUAUAUAGUUUCAUUAGCUUCUGUAUUCCUUCAUUUUGCUUGGUAGUUUUAGUUGAAUGGUUGUAGUCCAGUAUUUUGUUAAUUGAAAUAUUUUAAC